AUGUCAACUGUUGACAUAUCUGCUGACUAUCUAUCUCCACUAAUUGACCGGUGGAACUUCACAGAAAAACCAUUAAUAGUUGGGGUAUCAGGUCCCCAAGGGUCUGGCAAGUCAUAUCUUGCAGAAAACUUGGUCAGUGCAUUAGUGUUAAAGUACCCGCAAUUGAACAUCGUUAAUGUUUCAAUAGAUGAUUUCUAUUUAACUCAUCACGAGCAAAAAGAAUUGCCUACCAGAUACCCAGGCUGUGGCCUUGUCACCGAUGGCAGAGGUUUACCAGGAACUCACUCGGUUGAUUUGGUAUCAUCUAUUUUGCGUAAAAUCAAAGCAAGAGAGUCAGGUUUCGAUAUACCAGUUUACGAUAAGUCAAAAUUUAAAGGAGAAGGAGACCGCUUGCCAAUUUCUCAGGGGAAAAGUAUCAACAAGCCAGUGGAUGUUGUUAUUUUCGAAGGAUGGUUUCUAGGAUUCAAAUCAGUCGAUCAUGAAUUGGAAAAUGUCUGGUCACAAGCUAUCCAAGGCUCUGAAAAUGCCGAGAUUACCAAAUUUUUGACAAGAAUUGAUUACAAACAAAUCGAGUUGAUUGACCAAUUGUUGAAAAACUACGAAUAUCUCUGGAGCAUGUUUGAUAGAUUUAUUUAUCUAGCUACCAACGAUUUGUUGAACAUCUAUCAAUGGAGAUUACAACAAGAAUAUGCAUUGAUUAAAUCAAAAGGUGUAGGAAUGUCAGAUAAGGAAGUUGUGGCCUUCGUUGAUCGAUAUUUACCAGUUUACAAGUUAUAUUAUCAUAAAUUGAUCCAGGAAGGGUCGUUGGAAAGAGGACAUAAUUUGAAGAUAGAAAUAGAUCAUACAAGAACCGUUCAAUCGACCACUAUUUUGUGA